AUGAACAACGUUUUCGCCGUGUACGGUAUUGAAGUGUCAAAGCGACAUCUGUCAUUAACGGCUGAUUACAUGACCUUUACCGGUCAAAUAGCGCCGUUCAAUCGUGGAGCAAUGUCGUCGUCAUCGUCACCUCUUCAGAAGAUGACAUUCGAGACGACGAUGGCGUUCAUGAAAGAAUCCCUUCUACACGGUAAGCGAUUCCCCGUCUGUUGUGAAGUUUCUUUUUUUCUUCUGCACAUGAUUCCGUAUUUUGCAAAGCAAACAGCCUACCGUAAUCUUCUCAUUGCUGCACAAGUUUAG